AUGGCAAGCAGCAGCAAUAGAAGAAAACGUUCUCUACUCGAGACAGGCCAAAGUAGCAAAGCAGCUCCUUCUCAGCCGGCCGUGAGGCCUAUACUAGUUGUGAGGGAGAUCAUUCUGGUUGACUUUCGCGAUCUCACUUGGAAGGGACAGAGCAUACAUGACAUCAUUACCGAUCGUGGAUGGCCCCCGAUCUGUAGGCAGAGGGGCACAACAUAUCCUGAGAUGGUCGGUGAGUUUUACCAUGCCAUGGGAGAGCAGUUUGGUAAUGCUAUGUGCUACAAAUUAGUAGUCCCGGGAGUGAGUAUUAUCUUCUCUCCCCACGUUAUUACUAAGUUUCUUGAUCUGUGGCAGGAGCCCAGUGCAUAUCCUGCAGCAGCAGCGAGAUCAGCAGUGACUGCACCAUCUGAUGAGGACACACCAACUGUAUCCUCAUCGCCAGCGUUAGGUGUAGAGACAAUAGAGCUGGAUGCUGGCUCGGAUGAUAGUCUCACAGACGAUCAGGAUUUGCUUCCGCCUACUGAUCCAGCUUCUACUACUGCUGCCCGUGUUGAGAGACAGCAUGCUGGGGCUACUUCGGAUGAGGCUUUGAUUGAGAAGAAAGGCAAGGACCGCGGUGAGUACAAGAGGAUCUGCUUCAAACAACAAGUGCUUCACCGUUUCCGGCAUUCUCUUUUGUCGAGAUUGCGUGGAGUUUUGGCUACACAAAAUGUUGUGGCCUAUGCUAUGGAUUAUUGUCCCAGAGGUAAUCUUCAAUUUUUAUGGAAAAGGCAAACUGAGAAUAUGUUCUCCGAUGAUGUUAUUAGGUUCUCUGUGGUAGAACUAGUGUUGGCGUUGGAAUAUUUGCAUAGUUUAGGCAUAGCUUAUAGAGAUUUAAAGCCUAAAAAUGUUAUGAUUCAAGAUAAUGGUCACAUAAUGCUCGUCAAUUUCGAUCUCUACACGAGAUUAUCUACAAAAACUCCUUGA